AUACAUACGUUACUUGUGUUACCGUUGGGAUUAUUCGUGACAGCUGAUUGCUCAUGGUUGAAGACAACCAGGGUUUCGGUGGUUCUGUUGGACGACAGUACUUUGGUGAUAGCGUCGUCGACAGUUCAUUCUAUUCUGACAAUAUUAAGACAAAUGUUUUCAACUUCAUGGGGGAACUUAAGCCAAACUUACAUGGCAUUAGUAAUCCCGUCAAGCCGCCUCACACUUUGGAAAAAAGGAAACGAAUGAGUCCUGUUCUGGAUAAUGUUAUACCCCACAAAUAUUACCUCUGUGAAACGGCUAUGGCGAAUCAUUUUGCUCAAAUGAAUCUAACCUUACCGGUCGACGCAUCCAAAAUUCAAAGUGAUUGCAACUCACCUCCGUUUAGUGAUUCGUCCUGCUUUCCUUUCAACUCAAGUCAGAUUGCUUCCGCUCAUCACUUGUAUCAAAACUUGUCAUUGUACACCAACAAAGAAGCGGGUGUUAUUACAAUUAAUGACGAUGAGGAUAUUGAUGAAGACGAGCAAACCGAAAGAUCACCCUUACGAUUUUCAAAUGAUUUGAAGGAUCACUUAAGAUUAAAACGAAUGAAUCCAACAGAUACGUUUCUAAGAGGACUGCUUUCAUCCGAACCGUCACUCGCGAUAGUGCCGUUUAAUCCUGAUCCCCUUAAAGGUUUAAUUCCGCCUAAUUUCCCAGAUCAAGAGUCAAGUGAAGAAAACUCAGACUCUAAAGUGUCACCAGAGAGUCAAGUUCUCGACUCAUCUACUGUCCUCCCUACAUUUGAUAACGUUUUGUGUAUGGAUAUCGAUUCAGAUUUCACAGGAUAACAAAAACCGUCUGGUUUUUAUUUGAAUUAUAAAGAAACUGUUCAAAUUGUACAUUAUUAUCAUUUCCUAACGAAGUCUACCCCCUGCAUAUUCCGCUCCCUCACCCCGCAUUCGCACACACAUAUCGAGUGAAUUAUUACAGUGGAUAGUCCAUGCAUCUUCUGAUGUUACUAUAUUAAUGAACAAGACCUUCAAAGAUUAAAACACAUCUUGCCCUUGAUUGUUAUCUUUGUCAUUUGUUGGAUAUAUACCUGUUAAUAUCUUUUACAAUGUCUAAGAUAUGCUGUGCUGCUUUUUUAUUGUAGUGCACGUAUAUAUUGUUGGUUCUUUCAAUAUUUAUUGGUGUACUCAUUGUAUAUGAACAUUAUAUUUUCCAGAUUUCUUUCUGUUUAGAUGCAAAUAUAUCAAAUUUUUGCAGCGUAACACGUUUUUUGUUAUUUCGACUAUCACAAACUGAUAAUUCUUGGACACACAAAUUACACUUUCUCAAUUGCAGUUUUAAGGUAAUGUUAAGGUUAGUGAUUCCGAUCCAAACCAUCAUAAUUGUUAUGACUGGUGGUCAACUGUUAUGACUGCUUCAUCAUUGGUUAUAUCUGGUCGUCGCUGAUUGUUAUGUCGGAAUCACUUAUUACUUAGACUUGUAAAACCGAAGAUACACUACAGUUCCCACGAUGUGAAAGAAAGAACACUAAGACUGAUAAAAGAGAAGAUUCAUUAAUCAUAAAACACG